AUGCAUAAACUAACAAGAAUUAAUAGUUGUAUCCAUCAUUUUAAAUGCAUCAGAAACAUGAAAAUGCAAACUCAAACCUUUAUAUUGCAAUCUUUCAUUUUUGUAUUAGUAUUUUUAAUUGUCAUGUCUUCCCAAAUGAUUAACAAAUUUAUGAUGGAUGAUAUAAUAGAAAAAUUAACUAAAGAAAUAGAAAUAAAAACUAAUCUGAAAUAGAUAAACAUUUAAUCUCAAUUCAUAAAAUAUUAAGCUCAUCAUCCUUUAGAAUAUGGAUUCAAAUUUCUCGAAUGCUUCAAUAAAUUGAAUUAAUUGACUUUAAUAGACCAAACCACUUCAAUUCAUCUGUUAAUAGAGUGUCCAAAGGAUGAAGAAAGUUUCAAUAUUUAUUAAAAGAUGCCUUAAUUUUGUUAUAAAUUAACAAAGAGUAAUACAAUAACAUCAGAUAAAAUAUUAAUAAAUCAUAUAAUAGGUUAUCAGGCUUUAUUAAAUUCAUUAUUUUUACCUAUUUCUUUAUCAGAUUUUCAAAAAACAAUGUUUUUUACUUUUAUAUCAGAUGAAGAAUAUUUUGCAAUUCUUCCACCUAAAAUGAUUCCAACUAUUUAUUUACCAUCAGCAAGACCAUGGUAUUAAGAAUAGAUUUAAAAAGUAGAAUAGACAUAAUAAAAUGAUGUAAUUACAAUUUCGAGUAUUUAUCAAAAUUUUGAAACAUAAAAAUAUGAAUUUACUAUAACAAAAGGAUUAACAGACAAAGAAUAAAAUUUGAAUGGGAUAUUUGGAAUAGAUUAAACAUUAGAACAUUAUAAAGAGCUUUUAUUAUAUGAUGAUUUGAAUAUAAUUUUAGUUGAUUUAGAAGGAAGAAUGUUAUUAUCAAAUUUAAUAAUUGAAUAAAAUAUAGAUUUAUCAAAAGAUAAAAAAUAUAUUUAUGAAAGUGAUACAACUGGAUUUGAUGAAAAUGAUUGGAAAUAAAUAGUAAAUGAGGCAAAUUAAUAAGGUUAAGGUAUUAUUGAAUGUAAUGACAAUGGUGUUAAACAAUUUUGUAGAUAUAAUACAUUCUUUAAGUAAGAUCUAAUUAUUAUUGUGAUAAACAUUUCAAGUUAAUUUUAUUUGCUUGUGUAAAGUAUCAUUAUUAACAUAAUAGAUUUUAGAGUUUAGCUCAUAUUACUACAAAUGUAACAAAAGCCAAAGAAUUACAAGAUUAAAUAAUGUCUGAAAUAACCUAAUUUUUAUAUUAUUGUGUUAUUGUUGCUGUCAUUUUAUUGUUACUCUCAAUAAUUAUUAUUCCAAUCUUUUUUAGACCACUAAGAAAUAUAUAAAAUAUGAUUAAUACUCAAAUGAUUUCUAAAUUUACAAUCCAUUAUGAUUAUCUAUUUUAUAGUAAUAGAAAGAAGAAUAAAUUAGCAUUCUUUUAAGAAAGUUUUAAUGUUUUCAAAUAGAAAUUAUUAGAUUUUACUUAAAGUAAAUCAUAAGAUUGUUAUAUUAUUGAAAAUUUCAAAUAUCCAAGAUAAUAAUAAAUGAUUGUAUCAGAAUUAACUUCUUUUAUUAAAUUUCAAAUUGAUGUAAUAAUUUAUAUUAUAAUUUUGAUAGAAAGAUAAAAUAAAGAAUCUUCCAAAUCAAAAUAAUUAAGUUGUUUAAUCCCCUAAACUAUUCUGUGAUACCUUUCUUGAUUAUAGUUAUAACAGUUAAAAGAGUGUGAUGCAAGUAUCUCCUAAGGAUGUAACAUUUCGUAUUGAUUUCUAAAAUAAAUAAACUUGA